UCGGCAUAGACCUAAAAAUUAUUAGGUCAUUUGCUAAAAACAGGUGUCCAAAACAUAGGUUAAGUUUGAAGUUAAUCGCUAGAAUUGUUUUUAUUCGUAAAACGUAGAAAUACGAAUUAUAGGUGGAAUGUUACUUGCAUAAAACUGACUUCACCAUGGAUGAUAUAGAAUGGACUAUUGUGAAUGAAGGUCAACUCUUGGAUGCAAUGGUUGGACACAAACCAGUCGGUCUAAAUAAGCACUUUCAAAUGGCAUUGAUAUGCGAGAAAUUUGGAAACAGUAUCAAUAAAGAUGUAGAUCCUGAAAAAAUUUGGAAACAUUUAGGUACCAUGUAUAAUUUAGCUGCUCUCGAUGAUCAGGAGUCAAUUCCAUUCCCAAAUAUCGAAAAAGAAUUUGCAUUGCCUGAAGAUGACUUUGGUUCAUUGAUGUUGACAAAAAAAAAUAAUGGAGAAAAUGAUAUUUCUAAAUCGCUUAUGGAAACCCCUAGUCGUAAUUCAAAAGAUGCAGCCCACAGGGAAGUUAGCAGUAGUAUCAGAGAUUCCAAAAAAGAUUCAGAAAAAACAAAAUCAGUCAUGAGGAAUCGAAAUUCCAAUAGUACUAAAAAUAAGACUGAUGAAACGCCAAAAACCUACAAACGACCAUUGAGGGGAAGCUUCAAGUUGGAAGAGGAAAGUUCUAAUGGAAACAUGAGUCCAACACCAAAUAAACGCAGGAGAAUCAUUUGAAGUUUUUGGUGCCUAAUCAGGGUAUUAUUUUUCUUCCUGAGACUGACAGUAUUUACCAUAAUUUUCUAUGGAAAUUUAUUAUUCACAAGUUUUCUAUUGUUGCAAAAACAAUGAAACUGAGUUAAAAAAUUGAACUGAUUAUUCUAAAUCAUUUUAUAUCACUUUUAAUGUAAAUUAUUGACUAUUUAUAAUAUUUUUAUUGUGGGACCAAAUGUCUUUAAUAUUUAUAUUUAUUCUUGUUAUAUGCUAUACUGAAUAAAUCUAAGCUCCAAACAUAACGUUGAUAUUUUAGAGGAUGAGUAUUUUUUCCUUGGGAUAUUGGAGGGUAAAGGAGGUUUUGUUUUUGCAUAA